CCAAAGUGCAAGAAGAUGUUUCUGCACGAGAGCAAGAGCCAAAACUGAGCUUGCCUUCGAACCACCUCUUCAUUCCUGUCAAGUAGCUAAGGAAGACAGUCACACAGAAUCUAUAGACAGUGAGUGCCUGUUAAAGGUAAAGGGGUCUGCUGACACGAUGUCUUUGGGAAACAUCUCCAGCAACGGUACUUGUGAGAUCCAGGAUAAUCUCCCAUGGCUCCUUCUGCCCAUCAGUUAUUCAGUUAUCUGCUGUAUCGGACUCCUCAGUAACACCAUCAGCUUGUUCGUCUUCCUCCGGCGGCACACCGACACUUCCAUGGCAGUGUACAUGCGGCACCUCACACUGGCCGACUCUCUCCUGGUGCUGUGCCUGCCACUGCGGAUCUACUACCACAACAGUGAGGGUCCCCCCUACUUGUGCAAAGUGGUGGGUGUCUUCUUCUACAUCAACAUGUAUGCAAGCAUUGCCUUCUUAAGCCUGAUCAGCAUGGACCGCUACCUGAAGAUCAACAAGCCGGUCUGGGUCUUCCGCAUCCAGAAGGUUUGGUGGAGCCGCAUCGCCAGCUACAUCGUCUGGAUCAUGCUCUUCAUUGGAAGCUGCCUCUUCUUUGUGGGUAAAAAGCAAUCCCAUCCAUGCGACAAGAUCUGCUUCCACUUCCAUAACAAGGGGUCAUUGGCGGGUGGCAUCAACCUGACUGUGGUGGGCCUCUUUGGUGUCUUGAUCCUGCUCUUCAUAAUCUUCUACGUGAAGAUUGCGCUGAAACUCAGGACUAUGGAGAUGGGGAAUGGUGACCCCAAGGCUCAAAGUCGCAAACAGCAGCUCAUCCUGAAGACAUACUUGGUUCCUGUCAUAUUUACACUGUGUUUUCUGCCUUACCAUUUGGUGCGAAUGCCGUACGUUCUGGCUCAGAUGGAUGUGAUCAAAGGGCUGGAGAACAAGCAGAUGUUGCACUCCUGGAACGAAAUGACCUUGCUUCUGUCCACUCUUAACAGCUGCCUGGACCCUAUUAUCUACUACUUCUUGUCCAGCACGUACAGGAAGACCAUCCUUUGCGCCAUCAAAGGCCAGUUUAAAAGCAUGUAUGACUUAAACAGGAGACGUAUCAGCAUCAAUCGCUCAGUUACCGAAAUCUAGCAAAACUGAAUGACUGGACUCUGAGAUUAUGUGACCGCAUUUAACAAGUAUAAUGAUGUUUGCACAAGUUGUUAACGUAGAAUACUGAGCAUUUCAUAUAUACAUCAUAGACCUUACAUUUUUCCUUUCCAGUGACUUAACUUUUACUGAUUUUAAUGUUCUCAUAGCUUGUAGAGUAUAUUACUCAUAAAGAAAGCAAGUAAGCUUUGCCAAUUUUGCAGAAAAACAACCUGACCUUUGCAAAUGCCUUAAAAUUCAAAUCCUCUCUUUACACAUAUAUGGUAGGUUGUGCUGUGGUCAGUGUGAGGGUGGCUGUAUGACACGUUUCAAAAGUUUUUUUGUGGUAAGCUACGCAUUAAAUGAUUGUGAUUGUGAUAAGUGCUUACUGGAUGAUUCAUGUUAAAGGUUGACUGCGCAUUACAGCAUUGUAGCACUGACAUCAACAGGAAUUUCCCACUGAAUGCAACCUGAAGCGAUUUUUUUGCUGAUUUUUAGAUUGCUGUGUUGUACAUUUCUGUAAAAACAUGAGAGUAAACUAUUUUGUAUGUGUUGAAUUUGUCUGUUUUGUGUAAAAAGACUUUUUUAUGUGAUAAAAAUAUAU